AUGGCCUUCGAGUCGGAUAGUUUGCCCAUGCCCGCAACUGUAACCACGCAGCCGGCACCGGUGCAGACGGAUAUGCUUACUGACUGCAAGGCCUGGUAUCUGAUGAGGGGGUUGCAUACAUGCCAGUUGAUAGCCAGCAUGUUCGGUGCUUUCUCUUUGACGGACUUCAUUGCAUGGCAUCCAGCAGUUAAGGCGGAUUGUUCAGGCCACCAGGUACAUACGCAUCCCAGGCUCCCCUUAACCUCAUCCCCCCUGUCGUCUCGACUCUCGAGUAAUGAGCUGAUGGGCGCGGUUUAUACUAUUGCAGAAAAACACCUGGUAUUGCGUGGCCGUUCCUGGCACUCCCACAACGCGAACCACCACGGUUCAAGUGCCAAUGCCAACAGGACAGCCCGAGCGCCCAGUCCAGAACGGCAUGGUGUCCGGUUGCAAGCGUCUCUAUUUUGUGAACUCCGGUGA